AUGCGGCCCUGCUCGAUGCUCGCCUCCAUGGCCGCCGUCGUCAGCCUCGCCGCCGCCUUCCCGGCGAGCACCGCGGCGCCGGCAUCGACCAAAGGCCCUCUCGCUCCGGUGGCGAGGCCGACGCAGCCGCCGACGCCGACUCGGCCGCGCGAGCUCGAGAUUCGCGCGGCCGACGUCGACAUCCCUGAGGUCAACAUACCGAAAGUCGUCAUCCCGCCCGUGUCCAUCCCGCCCGUGUCCAUCAAGCCCGUGUCCAUCAAGCCCGUGUCCAUCCCGCCCCUGUCGCUCGACCUGCCGACGCCGACGUGCACGCCGACGAUGCAACCCGGCAAGGACGGCUACCUGCCGCCGGGGACCUGCGGUGCCCUCUGGAACUACUUUCCGUCCUUUGCCGCCGCCGUCGCCUUCGCCGUCCUCUUCGCCGUCCUCCUCGUCGCCCACGUCGGCCAGGCCCUCCACCACCGCUCGGCCUUUUCCUGGGUCAUCGUCAUGGCCGCCCUGUGGGAGUCGGGCUCGUACGCGAGCCGCGCCGCCGGCUCCAAGGACCAGCAGAGCACGGCCAUGGUGACCAUGUCCCAGAUCCUCGUCCUCCUCGCGCCUCUGUGGGUGAAUGCGUAUGCCUACAUGGUCUUCGCCCGCGUCGUCCACUUCUUCUCGCCCACCCGAAAGGUCUGGGUUCUGUCGCCGAGCAUCCUCGCCCUCGUCUUCGUGAGCCUCGACUUCGUCUCCUUCGUCAUCCAGCUCGUCGGCGGCGGCAUGGCCGGUCCGGGAAGCGAUGCGGCCUCCCAGAAGAGAGGCAUCGACAUCUACAUGGGCGGCAUCGGCAUGCAGGAGGCCUUCAUCGUCAUCUUCGUCGGCCUCAUCGUCAAGUUCCACCUCGACCAGGUGCGAGCCGAGCGGUUGGGCCUGCUCGCUGACGACAAGCGACGGUGGCGCCCUCUCACCUACGCCCUGUACGUCUGCCUGCUCGCCAUUUCCCUGCGCAUCGUCUUUCGCCUCGUCGAGUUCUCGAGCGGCUUCGACGGCCCCCUUCCCAACAACGAGACCUACUUUUACGCCCUCGACGGCGCGCCCAUGUGGAUCGCCAUCGUCGUCUGGAACGCCAUCCACGCCGGACGCUACAUGCACGGCCCGGACGCCAAGAUGCCCCCGUCCUGGAUCGCGCGACGCCUCUGCUGCUGCUGCCACGGCGGGAGGAAGGACGUGCUCGGGUCCCACCGGCGGCUGCGCGACGACGCGACGGACGAAUCCAACGAGAUGCACGCCAUGAGAGCCGAGGACGGGAAAGAAUGGUCGAGGGAGCGAGACGACGAGUACGACGGCGCCGUCACCUUGCCGGAACGACGACCGCGCGAAUUUCCUUAUCGCUAG